AUGCGUUCUUCACAGAAAUCCCAUAGUUGUUGGUCUGUCUUAGAGCAAUCGCGCUCAACCAGUUCUGAGUGGGAUGAAGAUAGUGAAUUUAUCAGUGUAACAGAUUUAACUGUGUCAAGUGUUAGUUGUUCCGAUCAUAUGUCUAGUGCACCUUUAGACAAUGUUGAUCAGGAUAGUGUGUCUAGUAAUCAUGAUUAUACUAAUCAUGAAUAUGUUAAUUCUAUUGAAUCUGUUGCUUUGAAUGAUCAUCAAUUGUCAAUCUCUUCACAUGAAGAUAAAUUACACUCGAACAAUAUCAAUGAUGACAGAAGUUUCUCCUCUUCUGUUGAAUUAAUUCAUAAAUCCAUAAGUGAUAAACAUGAGAGUUCAAGUAGUGGACGUGGUCAUAGUUUAACAGUUACACAAACAGCUCCUUUCCAGUCUAACACUUCAGCUCCUUCAAGUCUUCUUGAACUACACACUUUUCCAGAUUCACCUAAAACACAACAUAGUAUUGGCAAUUAUCCUUUACAGCAUAAUCAUCAUUCUAAUCUUUCUCAAAAGUCUUUAAAUAAUAAUAACUUUACAUGCCAUGAAAAACUCAAUGAUAGUUAUGACUCGAUCGGUACAAAUAGUAUACUGGCUUGGAAUGCAGACAAUAAUAUUACAGUUAACAAGAGAAUGAAUAAAACUGAUCAGUUACACGAUCAUUCAUUGGAUGAGGAUUCAACUUCACUUCUGGCAUCCAGUUUAUCAUCUGAUACUGAUCGAUUUCCAAAUAGAAUAGUAGUAGUAUCUAAUCAUUGUCCAAUUACAUCGAAUGAUAUUUUUACUGAAAUGAAUGAUUUUGCUGAUAUGCUUGAGAAACGAUUAAAUUAUUUGAAAUCUGUUUAUGUUCGUGCCCAUUCGGAGGCAGAAGCAUUGACUGAUCUAGUUCAAUUGAUCACAUCAAAAAGUCUGCAUAUCAUUAAGCCUCUUAAUAAUAACAGUCAACUAAAUGACAACAAUGAUAACACUUAUACACUGAAGAAUAAUAAUUCAUUCAACAAUAGACCAGAGAAUCAUUUACAUUUGGAAUCGUUGAUCAUCAAAGCAAUUGAUCGUAUUGACCAGCUGUUGGAAAAAUACACAACUCCUUGUCCACAAAUAAUAAUGACAAAUAUUCCCAACAGUGGUAUGCUGAAUUCUCAAAUCAGUGUUCAUCCUAAAUCACAAACAGUCAAUCACAUAUUGACAAAGAAAGCCAAUUUUCAUCCAAAAACUUAUUAUCAUCCAUCAAAGUUCAAUUCUUUGCAUGAUGAUCACUUUUCCGAUAUAGAAUUGAAGAAGUUAUUGAAUCUUAAACAUGAAUACAUGAUGAAAGCGUUUCAUUUAUGCUUAGAUCAACUUCGUUUACUUUACAAGUGA